UAAUUUGGAGAAAGAACAACAAGGGCGAAAAGUAAGCCCAAGGAUUUAUUUUCUUGGACCAACCAUGAGGUGGAACUGCUACUGAAAGGCAUGCAAGCUAACCGAUAAGACUGACUGACGUAGGUGUCUGCAUUCGCUUCCAAAGUUCUCAGUUUCUGCCUGUACAGACUACAACGCAACCCUGCAAGAUUCAAACUUAAACGGAUUGAUCGACGUUUCCAAAUGUCUUUGUGUAAGGGUCGCGGAAAUGCCCGAGUAGUGUGGAUACAAGGCCUAAACAUAGCAAUAAAUAUGCGUUUUUAAGGAAAACACUAUUAAAGUGGAUAUAGUCCAAGAAAGACAACAGUUUUACAGCAGCAUUGAGCAUGUUCCUGCUAUCAAAGAGAGCUUUACAGUGACGAUAUGAUCACUUACCUCAGGAUCCAGGAACAUAGGAAGGAAGCAGGAACGUAAGAAGGAUCCAGGAACGUCAAACAACAACAAUUUGACGGCAAAGAGGUUGAGGCUCACGAAAGGAACGUAGGAAGGAAGCAGGAACGUAUGACGGAUCCAGGAACGUCAAACAAUGAGGCGAAGAGGUUGAGGCUCACGAAAGGAUCCAGGAACAUAGGAAGGAAGCAGGAACGUAAGAAGGAUCCAGGAACGUCAAACAACAACAAUUUGACGGCAAAGAGGUUGAGGCUCACGAAAGUGACAGACGUCGCAUCAUAGACACAGAUAAAGUGCACGGAAUUUUUGUCGAUAUACGGUGUUUUUUCAACUGUUCUGUCGUCUUACAAGUUGUCAACUUAUCAAACGAGAUAAUGAAGAAGACAACCAACUACUUUCCCGGAAAGACUAUGGUGUCUUUCAGGAAGGGUCCAUCAGGUCAUCUGCGGCAGGAUCCCUCUGACGAGGCCAUGCGGAUCAAAAAGAACCCUUCUCUUGAGGACAAGUCUCCCCCUCAGAGACAUGACCUUGUGAAGACCAAUGCUCUCACUGUGGUCUUUGAGCGGGGAGGGGAUGUGUCUGACCGACUGGAGGUGAUGGGGGAGUAUGUGCUGCAGUUUGGCAAGUACAAGGGUAAAUUGUUUAGGUGGCUCCUGGAAAAUGAUGUUGGCUACACCAUCUACCUGAUGAAAAAGGUAGAGGAGGAGGAGAGAGAUGGGACCUUCAACCCUCAGGGACACAACAAGGACAGCCUGCUGUCAUUUCUGGACUAUGCCAGGAGCUUCCAGGAAAUUAGGGACCUCAGGGAGUAUCUAGCUUCCAGGCUGCCUGCGCCACCAGUGGCAUCAGAGGGUGACAAUACUGUCGGCUUUGGAGCCAGGGCAAAGGACACCUGGAGGCAGAUCUGGGAGAGCAGGGCAGACGGAUAUGCUGCCUUCAUCGUAGGAGUAAAGUGCAUCAAAAACAGCAAGAUGUACAACCUGCAGCAGUACAUCCUCAAGCAGCAGAGGGCUGAGUCUGGGGAGUCCUGUCCACCACCUGCAGGAGUCUCCACUACAUCAGCUGCCCCUACACCGCCUACAUCUAGCAUUCUAGCGAUGGAGGAAGACGAGGAGUUGGAGAGGGGGAUGCUGAAUCUGUCUCCCUGUAAAUUUGCCACUGAACUAAGACCAGCAGCAUUCUCCAGAGCCCCGGCUGUGUCUCCACCAACAGCACACAGGACGGAGCCAACAGCGACGGUUUCCAGACCUGCUGAGCCUGAUGACUCCUCUGGGAUUGUUGCUUCUGUGAAAGCCAGGCUGAAGGCCCCGCUGCCAGCCCCUUCUACCUCCUCAGCUCAGAUGAUAUGUGGACUUCAGCAUGUGGAGCCAGGCUGUCGUCAUGUUGUGUUAAAUUGUGACAAGCACAGGGUACAGCCCAACAUCCCAGCUGCUGUAGCUAUGGAGACCAAGGAUCACUGCCCUGCUGCUUUGGUGGCCACAGACUCUCAGGAGACCAGUGAAGAUCCAGUUGGAGUGGUGCUGAUCACACAGCUGGAGGGGUCUUUCAGCAGGGCUCCGGUCCCAGCGGUCCCAGCACACAGCUGCUACCAGAGGCAGUCUUUCAUGGAUACAGGUCAUUCAAAUGACCUACCUACCAUCCUCCUACAGACCAGGAGGAGUCUCUGAGCCGGUCUACAGUGGAGCGGAUUGGGUCAGACAUCCUGGUUAAACAACAACAACAACAAGAACAUCAUCAUCAUCAUCAUCAAGCAGCAGCAGCAGCAGAAAAAGAUGACCAGGAACUGUUUAGCCUACAGUCAGCUGAAGUUGUAGAUGGAGUCAGAGGAGAGGGCGAACAGGAAGUCAGCAGUGCAGCUUCCAACAGGUCGCCUGUGGAGGUUCAGGUCAUCAACCCCUAAAGCCCUCAGAUACUGUACAUGACAGCUUCCCCGGGGUACCAGGGAUAUACAUCUACUGCCCCUCCAGAGUGUUCUCCCCCUACAAGGCACAGGGCAUGGGGAAGGAGAUGACCUGGGGGGAGUUCAAACUGUCGGACUUCUAUGAGGCUGAGAGACACAAAGAUUCAAAGAGAAGACAGACAAAUGGACUGCUAACCCACCAGACGACAAAUAUAUCCUCUCACACGCACACACACGCACACACUCACGCACA